AUGAAAUAAUCAUCAUCAUCAACUAAUAAACUUAUACCUCAUUUAAUGAGUAAAAUUGAGUAAUUGAUAUAAGAAGUGUAAAAACUCACAAAGUUAUCAAAUAAUUUGAUGGAUAACUUAUAAUUAUAAGAGAUACAAUAAAAAAGUUUAUAAAACAAAUAUCAAUAAGUCUGGAAUCAACUGAGUGAUGAAUAGAAGAUUAAGUUUAAUUUGAAUCAAACAUCAUUAAUAUAAACUCAAGUUGAGCCAACUUAAUUAUCAAAGUUAAUUAGUAAUAUUGAAACUAAAGUACUUGAUUUAAAACAUUAUCGUCAAACUUCACAACCACUUAUUUUACCAGUUGUACAUUAAUGUUUAGAGUGUAAAAAGAAGGAUGAAUAAAUUUAAGAAUUGAAUGAUAUAAUCGAAAAAAUCGAUAUUUAAAUGAAAAAACCUAAGACUAGUUGUUCGACUCGAUUAAAUACAGAAUUUUGCCUUAAAGAUACUUAGAAUCAUUAUUAAUUAUUUACAACAAAGAAUAAUUAUUUAAAAAAUAAAUUUUGA